UUAUUCUCCAUAUUUUUUAGAUCAGGUAGAGAGUCUUGGCUGUGAGGGAUGUGGAGUGGCGGCCCGUUUUGAACGAAAAAAAAAAGGCGGUCAUGGUGUCUAGUGCUGGAUGAAACGCGGCGGCGCUGUGCCGAGGAUGCGCCCACUGCCCCUGGCCAUCCUCUGGCUCCUGCUUCUCUGCACCACCAGUGCAUCAUCCAGGGAGUUCUCCAAAAAGCAGGGCAACAGAAACCAGGCUUUCAGUGCUGCAAUGAACUAUGCACCAAGUUGGGCCAGCAGCAGUGGCAUGCACACCAAGGAACCCGGAAGACCCUCGUAUUCCCUCGGGGCACCAGUUCUCAGGGCCACCAUGAGUGCACAACGUCCCGUUUCCCCAGAAACUGUCAAGAAGAGGAUUUCCGUGUGUCUCCGGGUUCUGAAUAAUAUUUUGCCGGGUUACUCUAGUGAUCAGAGUGCCGAGGUUUGUGCGAGACUGGCUUCGAGGUCCACCACAGGCACAAAUAAUAAUAAUAAUAAUGAUAAUAAUAACAAUAAAAAGACACCGGAUCCCAGCAAUGGUAAUAAAGGAACCCGCAGACCCAAGGAUUAUUUAUUCAUGCAAAUGGAGGAACUGGAGAGGCUGGUGGGGAAAACAAGAGAGUUGGAGAAAAGUUUACUGAACAACAUUGCAGCCAGGAGAAUGUUGAUUGCAAAAUCCUCAAAACAGGGUUCUGCCAAUUUGCCUGUGCUGGGUUUGGGCAAGAAACCAGGGUCUGAAAAACCCAAGAUUAUCAGCCAUGGAAUCAGGGAGUUGGAGAAGAAUGCUAAUGUGGCAUUCCUGGAAUCCCAGCUGGCAGCUGGAACUUUCAAUGACUUGGAUUUCCUAGAUAUCACCAAAGCAGUGUUUGCUACUACACAAUUCACCCCUAAAACCAACAAUCAAUAA